AUGCGUUUCACCUCUGCUCUGCUGGCCCUGGUGCCCGGCCUCAUGGCUACCCCCAUCGAUGUACGCAGCGAUUCCGGUCUGGACGUGGCUCUUAGCCAGGUGGCCAACACGCGCAUCAAGGCCGUGGUCAAGAACGUCGGCAAGGAGGAGGCUACCUUUGUACAUCUUAACUUCUUUAGUGAUGCUGCUCCCGUCCAGAAGGUGGCUGUGUUCCGCAACAACACCGAGGUUGAAUUCCAGGGCAUCCGACAGCGCGUCAAGACCCACGACCUGUCCGAGGACGCGUUGACUACCCUGGCCCCCGGUGCCACCUUCGAGGAUGAAUUCGACAUCGCUUCCACCUGCAACCUGGCCGAUGGAGGCAACAUUACCAUAAGCUCUUCCGGCUUCGUGCCCACCACCAAGGACCGCAACGUUAACGGAUAUCUCCCCUACACCUCCAACAAGCUUACUAUUAAUGUCGACGGUGCCAAGGCUGCUUUGGUACCCAAGGCUGUCAAGCCUCUGAACCGUCGCACCGUGCUAACGGGCUGCUCUGGAUAUCGUCUGUCGACGCUGGAGACAGCACUGAGAAAUACUGUCUUGCUGGCUGAUGCCUCCGCCGAGGCUGCCACCUCGGGUUCUGCGUCGCGCUUCCAGGAAUAUUUUAAGACAACCUCCAGCCGGACGCGCAGUAUUGUGGCGGCACGGUUAAGAGCUGUCGCCAACGAGGCAAGCUCGACUUCAUCCGGUCGCACCACGUACUAUUGCACCGAUCCGUACGGGUACUGUGGCUCGAAUGUGCUGGCAUACACUGUGCCCUCUUCCAAUACUAUCGCCAACUGCGACAUCUACUACACCAACCUUCCGGCGUUGACAGGCACUUGCCAUGCUCAGGACCAGGCUACUACUACGCUGCACGAGUUUACCCACGCUCCGGGUGUCUACAGCCCCGGCACCGAUGACUACGCCUAUGGAUACGAGGCCAUCAUGGCUCUGAGUGCCAGGCAAGCCUUGCUCAACGCAGAUACUUAUUCGCUGUUUGCCAAUGCUGUGUUCCUGAACUGCUAG